GUGCUGUCCAUCCUUUUCCUGCCUCUCAUGACAGUUUCCUCCAAGCCGACAGAACAAGACUGGCAUACAUCCAGUCUUCCGAGUCUUGCAUAUAACGCACUCCCGAAUCACCAGGAUGACUGUGACUCGAUAAUAUCUUACUCAAAGAUCACUCUUGAGAGUGGAAAUGAUUUCUACGACCGCAGUUUGACAAGUCGCAGAUACGCCCUUGUUGGAGUAGCAUGCUCGUGCAUCGUCAGCUGCUGUUGCAUCGUUGCAGGCACUAUCAUUGUGGCCUUUCUCAGAGGUAACGGGGCAAUCCCAACAAAACUAAAUACAAACCUGCAGAAAGAGAUGCUGGUCCUCGUACUCAACCUAAUCGUCACGUUGUGCACGGAGUCCACGGGCUUCGUACACAACAUUGCCUUGCGCUCGGCGCUAGCCUCAGAGCGCCGGCUUCGUUUCAAUACGAAUCUGCGCCUUCUGACCGCGGCUCAUGGAUGGAGAAACCCAAACGGCGCCUUGCUUAAUGUUAUCACCGCUAUUCUCCUCAUCAUAUCCUACAACUCAGCCUCGCUUGUCAUAUUAUUCCUCGAUAACAGCGGUGACACUACGGGAAAAGCAUUCUAUGUCUACAUCGCAGGGUUGCCUCUCCUUUUGUUGGGCGUCGCACUUCUUCUUCAGGUGAUGAUCGCCUUGUCAGGAUUGCGAUCUGUCAAAAUAUUGACGUGGAGCUCCUCCUCUUUCGAUUUGACUGCCGCUAUGGUCCACCAUACACAAUUGACGCCCGCUCCUUUCCGGUGCAUGCGUGGUGUGUCUGACAUGGACGUAGAUGAAGGUCCAGCAAAGCCGUCAGAGACACAGCCAUCCGCAUGGCAUGCUCAUCCUAGCGUCCGGAAAGUGAUAAUUUCUCUUUGGGCGCUCGUUGUAGCAUGCGCUGGAUGGGCUACGCUCGUCAUGGUCAUUUCCAACAAGUUUGAUGGAGGCUUGUUACCCAGCCCUGCACUUAGCUCCGAGUCGUGGUCGUUCUUCCCCAGCGAGCAGUACUCUAAUGCCCUCGUAUACGGGAUUCCACUCUCCGGAGGUGUCAGUGUUCAGUGGUGGAUUUUGUCCUUUGUCAAUCUGGCGGUUGUUCAGGGACCAUUGACAAUUGGGCUGCAUUGCUCGGAACUCAUCGCGAAUGUCAUUCGAGAUGAAAGACAUUGGAAAAGUGCUACCGGAAGGAAAGGACUUAGAAUGGCGACAAAUCCGUUGGCGUCGCUUUUUUCUAAUCCGCUCAGUCUUGUACUGCUCGUCGCAAAGCCUGCGCUACACUGGAUGUUCGGGCUUUCGUUCACUUUGCUUGCCAGCGGCGGUAACCAGACGCUAGAAAUGGUCGCCAUAUACAUGUUUACAGCCCAGAUCUGGAACUUGUGUUUAGCGCUGUUCAUAUUCGCGUGCUUCUUUACUCUCAUCGCAUUACUCCGACCGCAUAGCCCCCAGCCGGCUGCGUACGGCCACCUGCAGACGCUCGCCAACCUCGUGGACGAAUGGUCGCCUGUGAUGUGGUGGGGCCACAAGGAAGACAGAGCCUCCUAUUGUCAUGCUGGGACAAGUGAUCAUUCGCUGCCGCCUGUGAAGAUGGACUGCGUUUAUGCUGCCAGGCUGGGAUCCAUACAUCUUGAACCCAGUCAGUGACUAAUGACGCUGAGCCGCCAGGGCAGGGUUCCACGUUCAACGUUCAAUAUUUUCAAUGACGACA